GUCCAAGAUGGCAAUUAUCUGGAUUGGCUUUUUAACAGAUGUUGGAAAGCUGGAACACUCUUUUAUACGUUAAAUAGAAGACAAAGGCAUACCAUUGGCGAUUAAAAAUGAAUGGCAUACAAGAUUGUGCGAAACCUGACUCUGAGCCACAACUGCAGUUUUUAAACUGUCCUCACGCUUCGUGUGGGGCAACGUUUACUCGCGAAUGGCGACUGAAAGAACACGAAACUGUACACACUGGAUUGCGUCCUAUCCAGUGUAAACAUGAUGGCUGUGGUCGUUGUUUCUCACGGAUAUCGCACCUGAAGAGGCAUAGUUCAAAGCACACUGCAGCCAAGUCACUUAAAUGUACGUUGGUGAGUUGUACAGAAACUUUCUUCGACGAAGCAAAGAGGAAGAGGCACGUUCGCUAUUCUCACGGAGAAAAGGAUAAGUACUUCAAGUGUACUCGACCCAACUGCUCAUCGACCUUCAAGAAGCGCAGAGAAUAUAAACUCCACUUGAUAGAGCAUGGGGAAUCUUCAUUGUUCAAGUGCUCAAAGGAUGGAUGUGACUCCUCAUUUGACUCCCACAUCGCCCGCAAACGCCAUGAAAAGAAACACGCCGGGUAUCGCUGCCCUCAUGCAAACUGCAAGGUCUUCGAACAUACCUGGGGCAAACUGCAGAAGCACAUGGUGAAACACCCAGCGACGUACACCUGUCAAGCAUGCAAAAAGGUAUUCAAGCGGGUGGACCGGCUCCGCCAACACAAGCAGGUCCACGCCCUGCACAAGCCUGUGCUGGUGUGCCCAAAGACGGGCUGCCAGGCGUAUUUCUCCACCACCUUCAACUUGCAGCACCACAUCCGCACGGUGCACCUCAAGCUGCUCAAACACCGCUGCGCCUUCCCAGACUGUCCACGGACGUUUGCCAUGCGGGAGAGCAUGACCAGACACAUGCUCUGCCAUGACCGCCAGCCCAACCCAUGCAGGAAGCGGCGGCGCUCCAAACGGGAGUGGCAGAAUCGUCUAGAAGGCCACCACCAAACGCCCCUGGUGGAGAGCAACCUGCAGCGCCUGUUCGCCAUGCGCAUGCGCAUCUCACGGCGCGCCAAGGUGGAGGCUGACCUCUCGGGUCUCUUCAACGAGCGCAAGAUCCCACGCUACGUGGACCCCGAGGUGAACCUCCGCGACUUGUUCCGCCUGAAGGCGCCGCGGGUGGUGCCGGUGUCAAUGGAAGUUUCACCAGUCAGCUAAACGGAAGGAGGGAUGCAAAGUGCCAUUUUUCUGUCUUGAGGAAAGUGUAGCAUUAUGUUAUUUGACCUUACAGUAAUUGGAAAAAUAUGAUUUGGAGUAUAAAUGUCCAUAAUUGUUUAAGAAUUUAGAAAAUUGUAAUUGCAGUGGCUGCACUAAAGGUUUAUUUAAUUUGAUGCUUCAUAUGCUAAUUUAAGAUUUUUCCACUUGAAAGAUGCAAUAUUAACCUUAUUUAUAGACAACCUUAUUUAUUUAAUAGACAACAGUUCUCUAAAUGUUUGUAUGGAUAUUGGGACACAUCGCCAAUAAAGCUUAAGUUUGUUACAGAA